UUGGCUCUUCCAGUUCCCGCGUGCACUGGCAGCAGCUUUCUCUAAGAAUCUGGCGAGUACAAAGUGCAUGUGGGGUGCAGUGGAUCCUCAUGGGGUAGGAUGGAGGAGAGAAGCCCAGCCGUGGGGAAGGGGCUGGAGCAGCUGCCUUGCAAGCAGAAGACGCCCCCUGUCCAAUCCCUGGCAGCAUCUCUUGAGCAUCUCAGCAGAUGCUACUGAGCCAGGUGCUCCUAGAAGCGCCGGGCUCAGGAUGAGGUAGCUGCAUCUGAAAGAGAGUGUCUCUGAACACAUGCAGAGCACUUAUCCCUUAAUCUUCGCAUCUGCGGGGCUGAAAAAGGCUCCUGCUUCCUGCCUGGGAUCCUGGAGAGCAGUAGGUCAAGAUAGAGACCUUUCUUGGGGAUCGGGACAAAGCAGAUGCUGGGUGGGAAGGAAGGGAGGAGAGUGCAGUCCAGAAAAGAAGCAUAGCGUUUCUCUGCUUAGAAAUGCUACUUUGCAUCUACAGAAUCUUGGGAAAGCUCUCUGCUUGUCAUCCUGGAGACCUACUGCCAGCAUGGGUCUAGAAGUCAGGUGGAGUAGACAUGGCUGGAGCCCACUGAAUCUUGUCCAGAGGAGACUGACCCUCUGCACCCCAAAAAUCAGGCAAAGAAGGGUGCUGUUGUAGUCAAGUUUGAUUGGUAAGGAGCAGUGAGGGAUACAGGCUGAUUUCUGACCAAGAAACCAGCACCAGAGCUUGGGUUGCUGUGCCUCUGGAGCAGGUCGUAGCUGUAAAGGGAGGAGUUGAGCAGAGCAAAUGUGUGAAGAUGUUGUGAGAGGGUGAUAGGCUGAGUCUCUAUCUCUUUCUCAGCCAUAGGUUGACUCUCUAUCUGUUUUUAAAGUUUAAUAAACAAGCAUGGUCUCUUUUCAGUACAGAUAUAUACAGAACUCUUCCUCCAACUUGAUAUAAAAAAAAAUCAAUAGGAGGGAGAAACAAUUUGAGUGAAAGCAUGGUAUAAACACAGUGUUGGUUUAUGGCUCUCCCUGAUUCUUGGGAUUUGUUUUUGUUUUGUUUUUCUCAGGAAGAAGCUGUGUUUUGCAUGUGAGUUCAAUGCUUUCCUAGAGAAAACAAUAACUUCCAAUGUGAUGAGGACUCCUUGGCUGUGUGGGACGAACUGUUAGGCCAAGAAGAUCUUUUUACUGUGUGGGAGUUUCAUUUGAGCACAGAGAGAAGAUGGAUUGUCAAAGCCCAGCAAACAGUGAAUUGCAGAAGGGGGCAGAAAAUGGCCUUCCGUCCAUCCAGGCUGGGAAUGACAGAGGAUUCUGGGAAAAAACUGUGCAGAAGAUGUUGGUUGAGGACACCACCAGCUCAGCUGCAAAGCGCCAGAGACUCAGGCAGUUUUGCUAUCAGGAGGCCGAGGGCCCCCGAGAGAUAUGCAGCCGAAUUCACAGAAUUUGCCACCAGUGGCUAAAGCCAGAAAAGCAUACAAAGGCUCAGAUCCUGGACCUGGUGAUAUUGGAGCAGUUUCUGACUGUCCUACCCCCAGAGAUGGAGAGCUGGGUGAGAGAAUGUGGAGUGGAGACCAGUUCCCAGGCAGUGGCCCUGGCAGAAGGUUUCCUCCUGAGCCAGGCAGAGGCCAAGAGGCAAGAAGAGCAGCAGGCACAAAGGAAGCUAGCUGAAGUGGCCGCUGAUCUCUUGAAGACAGAGAAGGCCCCAUCAGACUCCAGAGAGAGGUUGCUGUUCAGAGGGAUUGUGCAGGAGAGUGAUGGAGGUACCACCCCAUUUGGCAGUGAGAUGAAACUGGAGAUCCCUUCUCUUGGUGGUGGAGUGGAAGUUGUUGCUGUGCAGUCGCCAGAUCAGGGUCCGGUGACCUUGGAGGAUGUGGCUGUGUGUUUCUCUGAGGAGGAGUGGGCUCUGCUGGAUCCAGACCAAAAGGCUCUGCAGAAAGAAGUCAUGGAGGAUGUUUCUGGGCACUUGACCUUUCUGGAAAAACCUGAAUGCACUUCUAUGGAAGGAGAAGAUCCAUGUGUAGAGGGCUCCAAGAAAGGAGAGAGAUCAGCAGGAACACUCUUGGUUCCCAAACCUGAGCUCACUUCUUGUCCAGAAGGGAAGCCUCCAUUUGUCGAGGGCGCCAAGGAAGGAGAGACAUCGGCAGGAACACUUUCAGUCGCCAAACCUAAGUCGCCUUCCUUGCCGGCAGAAGGGGAAGAGCCAUCUGUCAACGACGCCAAGGAAAAAGAGAGAUCAGCAGAUGAUAGGAGGGAGAAAGAGAAAGAGGACGAACUACAAAAAAGGAAUACUGAAGCAAACCUGAUGACAAGGGAGACGACCAUUGUUCCUGCAGGGGCUCAGUUCUAUGUAAUUCCUUUCCAAGUACAAUGUCCUGUUCAGCUACAAAUUCCCGUCCAAAUACAAUUUCCCUUCCAAGUACAAUGUCGCAAUGGAGACCUGAGAAAUAAUAUCACUCUGCAAGGAAAUGUAUUGACUAAUACAUCACAUGUUGGCGCACAUCAUGGAAUCACACAGGAGAGAAACCAAAUACCUGCUCAGAGUGCAGAGGCCACUCCAGCCAGAGCAAUCAACGAGGAGCCACCAGUUCAGAAGCCUAGGGUGUUUGGGAAGAACUCUGUGGAAAAGCUUCUACAAGCUCCUUUCACCAGGCUGCCUUUAAAGGAGAAGCUCCUAAUCAAAGAGAUGGGGCCAGACAGGCCUCUUCUGAAGCUCCAACAGGCUACAGCGGAGAGGGGGAAAUUUAUCACAAGGAGGUUCUCCACAGAUUGGUAUGACAGAAAAAAAUGGCUGUGUGGAUGUGCUGCAAGAAACGCAUUGUUCUGCUUUCCUUGCUUGAUGUUUGGGGGUGAGAAGGCAUGGUCCCGGACAGGAUACCGAGACUUAAAGCAUCUUGCUGACAAGAGCAAGAAACAUGAAGCCUCCAGGACUCAUAUGGAGAACUGUGUGGAACUGACAGUAUUAGGCAGAGAAAAUGUAGCAGUGGAAAUGGACGAAGGCUACGGGGUGUCUAUAAGAAAGCACAAUCAAGAAGUGGAGAACAACCGAUACAUUCUCUCAAAAAUAAUUGACUCUAUACGGUUCUGUGGUGCUUUUGAAUUGGCCCUCCGUGGUCAUGACGAUAUGGAGGAUUCUUCAAACCUGGCCAUUUGCAGAGGACUGGUUGAUCUCAUGGCAUCCAUCGGUUCAGCCACGGAUGUCCACCUGCAGAGUGCCACAGUGUUUAAAGGUCUAUCCGAGACCAUUCAAAAUGAACUGCUCGACUGCAUGUUGACGGUGGCGAAGGAUCACAUUAAACAGCAAUUGGAACGUGCUUGUGUAGUGGCAAUUCAAGCGGAUGAUGUCACUGACGUUUCCACCCACCGCCAAUCUGUCCUGAUUUUCCGCUACAUUGACGAGGAUGGCUUCCUGGUGGAACGCUUCUACGGAUUCACAAAACCGGAAGGCUCUUCAGUGGAACACAUUGCUAAAGUCUUGCUUGAGCAGCUGAAAGAGGUGUUGCCGGAGAAGGACAGGGAGAAACUUGUUGCUCAGAGCUAUGAUGGGGCAAGUGUGGUACGUGGGGAGCCCGGAAAAGUACAGAAGAUGAUCUGUGAGGUUUUCCCUAAUGCCCACUACAUUCACUGCUAUGCCCAUCAAAUGAACUUGGUGAUGCAACAAGCAACAUCGCAAAUUAAGGAAGUGAGGGUUUUCUUUUCGGACCUUUCUUGGUUCCCGGCAUUCUUUGCCUGCAGUACUGAAAGGAAUGCAGUUCUGGAGGCAGUUGUGAGAAGAAGAUUCCCUGGAUCAUCUCAGACACGCUGGAACUUCAACAUCCAAACAGCGAGUUUGGUGUUUGAGAAGCGACUGGAACUAAUUGAAUGUUUCAAGGAAAUAAGAGCUUGGGACUUUGACUGCAGUGCAGUCCGUGAGGCCAGGGGGUUUCUUCAAAUGCUGGAAGAAGAUGGCGAGUUCCUCUACCUGUUGUCCCUGUUCCACAGGAUAAUGCCUCAUGUCGAUCUUCUCCACAGUCAACUCCAGAAUGGAGCCACUGAUGCUGCAGCUGUCAGGAAAGCUACCUCAGACUUUGUGAGCGCCAUCAGUUCUGUCAAAGAUUCCGUUGGCAGCUUGUUUUUCGGGUUGCCUAGAGAAUCCCGGCUGCCCAUAGGCAAAACGAAGGAGUCCUUGGACCGAAUUGCAUUGGAAGUCUGUGACAUCAUCGUCUCCCACACACAAGAACGUUUUGCAUUCACCAGUCAUCUGUCUAGUGCAACACUGUUCCAGGGGAGUUUGUUUCCCGUACAUAAGCAGACAUUCCCACAAGAGGCACUUGGCAAAGCUGUAGAAGCCUACCCGAUACUGCAGAAUGACAGACUGAAGACUGAGCUUUCCAUCCUGUAUAAGAGGAAAGAAUUCUACAACUGCAAAGAUCCAUCCACCCUCCUACGCACACUUCUGGGGAGCAACCUGGAGACCACUUUGGACCAAACCGUGACCUUGCUGAGAAUUCUGAUCACCACUCCAAUGACAGCAGAAGCGGAGCAGACAUCCUCGGCUCUGAAGAGGAUAAAGACAUUCCUCCGAAACACCAUUGCACGAGACACCACAUCACUCAGUGCCUUGGCAAUGCUGUCCAUUGAGCAACGGAUGAUUAAGGAGAUUCCGGAUUUUAAUCACAGGACAAUUGAAUUGUUUGCCAAACAGACAGAACGGCGAGCUCAUUUUCUGUACAAGCAAUGAUGAUAAGAGGUGAUACGCUAAGCCAUUAACUGGAGGAUCCGGCUGGCUGUCAAGGGUGGUAGAUAAGGUCACACCUUUUCUCCCAGCAUAGAGCCCAGCGUCACAGCAUGCCGUUCUCCUUAACCAAGGCAAGGCAUUGCUCUCCAGUUGUUAAGUGUCCUUUCAGAGUGUUUGCAAGGAAAGAGGAUCAGGAGAAAAUUGGAAUUAGUUGGCUCCACCUGUUAACCCUGGCCCUGCCCUACCAUAAGCUACACCUGUUGUUGUUGUUGUUGUUGUUAUCCCUGGCACCACAUACUGUUCGUUGCUCUGCCCUUUACCACCGGCUCCAAUGGGCACUAUAGCUGCCACUACAUCAAAUAAUCCACCAAAGAGAGGAAUCGAAUGCAUGUCCAGUGUGCAGAAAGAGUCUCCGUUGCAAUGAUGAGCUUAAUAGCCAUCAGAGAAGCCACAAAACAGAGCCUGUAAGCAUGCUCAGUGCGUGGAAGGCACUUCAGUCAGAGCACACAACUUAGGUCACACAUUUAAAAAUUCACACAGUGCUUAAGGGGCAUAAAAGAUUCUCAGCCAGAGUUCAAGCCUCACUUGCCAUCAAAGAACCCACAGAGGGCAGCUUCAGCCACAGCUAUAGACUGACUUGGCAUCAAACAAUUCGCAAAGGAGAGAGAACAUAUGCAUGUUCAGUGUGGGAAAAGCGCCUGUCAGAAGAAAAACUUUCGCAUCUAUCAAAGAAUUUGCAAAGGAGAGAAACGAGAUACUUGCUCAGAAAACAAAGAGAGGCUCAGAAAGAGGGGUGUCUGGAUCCAUACCAUACCCAGAAAUUGAGAAGUCAGUGGGGCUCAAUGUGUCUUUAAAGACUUUUAAAAAGUUGUCAGAGAUGGGGAGGCUUUUAUUUUGGCAGGGAGCACAUUCCAGAGGCCUGGUGAAGCAACAGAGAAGGACCGUCCCUGUGUAACCACCAGACGGGAUGGUGGCAAUUGCAGAUGAACAUCUCCAGAUGAUCCCAAUGGUCGAUGAGGCGCAUAGUGAAGGACAUGUUCUCUUAAAUACCCAGAAUUGAGGAGGGGGUGUUGGCUCCUGCACAAGCCCCUAUUUCCUCUACUCUAGUUGCAGCCUUCAGUUUCAUUUUGUCCUUUGUGCAUCCCCUCUGCCCAGACUCACACCCUCAACUAUGCCGAACCCACUUCAUGUUCCUUCAACUGUAGGUUUGUACAAAGACAAGCCUUUAUUAACUUGCAAGGCUCCGCAAAGGAUCGAAAAUACAGACAUACUGAGAUUGCAGAAGGGGAUUCAGCCACAGUUGAUGCCUUAGUGGACAUAACAAAAGCUACAUAGGGUUGAAACCAUAUAUAUGCUCGGCGUAUGGAAAGAGCUUCAGUCAGAACACUUAUGUCACAUGCAAGUAUCCACACAGCAGAGAAACCAUUUAUACUUAGAGUACAGAAAGAGUUUCAGUUGGGGGAGAAAAAAUCCUUAUUAUUGAAUAAUAAUCCUUACUGGACAUGGAGAUGAUUAAUAACUGCUCAAAGUGGCUGAUAUUGCAACAUUAUGAAUUCGGUGGAAUGUUCGCCAUUGUGGAAAUGCAAGUUUUGUUUGCAUUUCCGUGCAAGCACAGAAAUUGCAGGAAAAGGAGUUGUGCAGCCGUGAGGCCAGAAUGUUCCACUGUGUGGGUGUGAUGUUGCACAGUAUGUCGGCCCGUAUGAAAAACGUUUUAGCCAGAGGAUAAAGCUUAGUCAGCAGCAGAUAGUGCAUACAGGUGGGCAUCCACUGAAUCACUGAAAUGUUUAGAAUGCAGAAAAAGCUUAGAGUGGAGCACCUUUUUUUUUUUUUUUUUUUUGCAAUCCAAUUUGUGUGAUUGCUGUUUGUAACUGAUCCCUGGAGGAGGAGGAGGAACUGCCUUCCUAGAAUUUGAUGUUGGGGGAAACAGACAUAAGGUUGAGUCUCCUCAUCACAUUAGUGUUCUGCAGCGUUCUGCUUUUAAUUCUUCCGUUUUCUAAUUAUUCAAGGGGAGGAUUCACAAUAUAAUUGGGUUGGCGUUCUCCUGGUCAAUUCCAUUUCAACAGCCAAGAGAAUCCACACAAUGGGGAAACCCUAUAUGUCCUUGCAGGGUUGCAAUAAUGCUUUGCAGCAUACAAACUCUACUUCAUUCAUGAGAGGGAAUGAAUAAGUCCUGGCAAAGAAAUGAAUUGAAGCUAUCACCUCACCAGGCACCUCAGGAACCAUUUAAUCUUCCUUUCCCAUAAAUAUUUGAGCUCCGCCAUUCUGCGCGUGUGCAUGUGUAUAAUCUGAAGAGAGGCGGUGACAAUGCAUUCCAGGGAAUUUGGAAGAAUUUCUUAGCAUUAUAUACAUUGUCGGUUAUCUCAAGUGGAUACUGACACUCUUUGAUACUGUAUUUAAAAUCCUUGGCUCUCUUCCUUCUCAAUAUUUUGCUUUAUGUAGAGGGAGGGUGUUCAUACUGGGAUUGUUUUUUAGAUGUGGGCUUACCAUUGGGUGUCUGAUUUGCGUGAUAAUGGGAGGGUGAGAGUAAAUCAAUGUUUUCCCCCCCCUUGUACAUUGUAUUUUGUAUACUAUGUUACGGAAAUGUGCAAUAAAUUAUUAGUAACAAAAAAA